UAAUGAAGAAAUUCAAAGGUUCGUUGUAAAAAAUGGAAAGAGUGUAAAAGCAAUUGUUAAGUCAAUGUGGAAUCAGACAGUUCCACUGUUAAAUAAAGAGCAUUAUCAAAAAACCGUGUUGGCAUGUUUUAUUCAAUUUUGGACUUUUUACGCUGCCCAUGGGUUAUUUAUGUGGUUCCCUUACAUUCUCAAUAAAGUGAUGCAGUUUACGAAUGAAAACCCUUCUGCAAGACUCGAAAUAUGCGAUAUAGUAUAUUCGAUGGUUGAAAAAACUAGAAACAUUCAAUUUAAUGGCACAGAUGGUGUUUUUGAAACUGAAAGGGGUUGUGACAGAGUUUUGGAAUUGUCAACUUAUAAACAUUCUAUAUCCCAUGAGGUGAUUUAUGUGAGUUCAUUUCUAUGUAUAGGAUUUUUAACCGGGAAAGUAGGACGGAGUCCAACUCUUUUCACAAUCUUAUUUGUUUGUGGUGUAUGUGGAGUAUUGAGUGCAGUUAUCACAACGCCUAUGGUAGCUAUAUACUUCCAUAUUAUUUUACUGGUAGCUGGAUUGGCAACAACAGUUGUUAAUAUUACUGUUGUUGACAUAUAUCCUACCAAUUUCAGAGCAAUGGCUGUUUGUAUUUCACUUAUGAUUGGGAGAAUAGGAAGUGUUACUGGAACGAAUGUUGUUGGGAUGUUAAUGGAAAAUUAUUGUAAAACUUCAUUGCUUACAGCUAGUAUACCAGUGAUAAUCUGUGCUUUCUUAUCAUUGCUUUUACCAAGUGGUAUGAAUUCAAAGAAAAUGAAAAAAAUUAACUAUAAUGAUCCCACCUCAUAAUGGAUCAUUCGAAUUCCACUU